UCCCUGUCAACAUCCGGUCUGCUCUCGUAAACUUGAUACAUAAGUGAAGUUGCACCGUGCACAGUGGUUAAAGCUCUUGAGCAUGACUACUUCAAGUUUCAGGGACUGCCAGGCAUGGAGGGCGGAGGGUCUGCCACUGUCCACCACUAGUAAUGAGGCCUGCAAACUGUAUGAUGCCAUACUCAAUCAGUAUGUGAAAUGGCGAAAUGAUGAAACCUUGGGAGGAAUUGAAGGAUGCAUUUCUGCUAUGCAAGCAGCGGACCCUAACUUUGUUAUGGGCCAUGUGAUCAGUACGGGGUUGGAACUGGUGGCAACAACGAGCUCCACUCGUCUGAAUGAGCGCCUGGCUAGUGCUGUGAAGCGAACGGUGGAACUGGCCAACAGCCAGGACAUCUCUCCCAGAGAGAGGCUCCAUGUCAAGGCCAUGGAGCUCUUCUCACAUGGGAAUUUUCCCAAGGCCUGCGAGACAUGGGAAGACAUUCUGGUUGAUCACCCGACUGAUAUGGUGGCUCUCAAGUUUGCUCAUGAUUCCUACUUCUACAUGGGAGCCCAAAUCCAGAUGAGGGACUCUGUAGCCAGGGUGCUGCCCCACUGGAAACCACAUAUGCCUUUGGCCAGCUAUCUGAAAGGACAGUAUUCCUUUGGUCUCCUGGAGACUCGCUUCUAUGACCAGGCUGAAAAAGUGGCCAUGGAGGGCCUCGCUCUGACUCCAGAUGACGCUUGGUCCGUCCACUCUGUAGCUCACAUUUAUGAGAUGAAAGCAGAAGUGGACAAAGGCUUGAAGUUCAUGGAGGGUAGAGAGAAAGACUGGCAGACAUCUGACAUGCUGGCCAGUCAUAACUAUUGGCAUUGGGCUCUAUACUUCAUCGAGAAGGGGCAAUACGAAGCUGCGCUGCAGAUAUACGAUUCUCAGGUAUUCAGACGUUGUAAAGCUACAGGAUCCAUGUUGGACACUGUAGAUGCCAGUUCAAUGCUCUACAGACUGGAAAUGGAGGGCGUGUGCGUGAAAGACCGCUGGCGAGAGCUGCUCCAGGUAACACAGCCUCACACCGAUGAUCACGUGACCUUGUUUAACGACCUCCACUUCCUCAUGGUAUCACUGGGAGCCAAAGAGAACGGGAGCUCUAAGCGUCUGCUGGAGGGCCUCCAGCAACUGGCAAAAGAGCCAGGGGACAAUCAGCAACUUCAGCUGGCUGAGACUGUCGGUGUACCAAUGUGUCAGGCCAUGAUGGAGUAUGACCAGGGCAACUACAAUCGAGCUGUGGAGCUACUGUACCCGUUACGCUACCGCAUGGUGGAUAUAGGUGGCAGUGAUGCACAGAGGGAUGUCUUCAAUCAACUGCUCAUCCAUGCAGCCAUGAAAUCAGAGAAUAAGCACCACCAGAAACUGGGAAGAUGUCUUCUGGUGGAGCGCGAUGCCGUGAGGCUGGACUCCCCUCUGACGCAUCGUCUCUUGCAGCGAGCCCUGGCCCUUCACAAUUAGACCGACUGCAAGGUGCGCAGAGCAGCUCCCAUGCAAAAAAAACAUCAAAGCCACAACAUAAUCUGAUGCACCGGUGUUUGACUUCAGGAGAUUUUACCAACCGACAUGGACUUGGCACUGCUGUCAAGACUUCUGAUAAGUUUUAUAGAUUGCUGACCUGUAAAGAUAAUUUGUACAUUUCUCAAGGUUAUGAGCUAACUUUAACCACAACUUUCCAGUUUAGCUAACAGAAAUGACACCUCACUUCAAAUGUGUAACUUUCUUCUUCUUUUAUUAGCAAACAUCACAUUUAAAUAUAAAUAUCUUCUCAAAAAUAAAAGCUGCUUUUCAAUAUCAAUACAAAAACCAUGUUCAAAACCAAUAAAUAUACACUUUGAAUGUGAUGACUGUUUGAGUAACACCACACGCUCAUGCCUUUUGGCAACUGCGCGUUGAGAAUAAGAAUGUUCUCAAAUAUCGCUGUAAAAAAGAUGUCCUUGCACGUGUCAGAGGAGCUGAGCAGAGUACUGUAAGUUCUUUUCUUCUCUCCUUUCCCCCUGUGUCAGCCCGCUUUCACAACACUGAGGUAAUCUCAUCUUGGAUCUGAGAGAUCAGCAUCUGGGACAGCACGAUGCCUGCAAUCUAGAGGACAGCAGCAGCCACUUUAGAUUACAGAACAGACUUUUUGUAACUGUACAGCCUGUGCCGAGCAUCUCAAGGUCCUUCAGAACAACGACGUAAUGCUUAUUUGGUACAGGGAGGAAACAUUUAGAAAUCGGAUCAGACUGUUUCAAUGGUAUCACUUUAAAGAAUUGUAUACUUACGGGAAUGCAAUGCUUACGAAUGAUCAUUUCCUAUAGAGACCUAUAGAGUUUUUCUCAAACAGAGCUUUUCAAUAAUUAACUGUUUGAUUGUAAACGCGGCUCGUUAGGCAGACAAAUCCAGUAAUAGUGUUUAGUUACAGAUGUGCAUGACAAAAAAAAAAAAGAAGAGAACUUC